UCGGUGUGGUCAAGUUACUUGGAACUAUCCUCGUCACGACUUGAAAAACUCACAGUCAAUAGUUGAAGAAGAUAGAGGAUGUCACCAGCUACAUACUAUUUCUCAACCCAGGGUUGAAGAGCGAGUGAAUUCAUCUUGAGCGGAGCUGAAGCGAGAUUCACUCUCAGAAUUGUCACCCAAAAACUUCGGAUACCACACCAACCUAGUAAUCUCAAGUAGCCCAGGCCCGAAACCUUGACUUCCUCUCUCCCUCUGUUCCUUUACAUAAAAUCAAACUCUGCAGAUCGACAACUCUUCGGACCGACAACUUCGAGAUUUGACAUAAUGGAUCAACAAGGUUUGUUUCGGGUUGACGUGGAGUCAUUUCAGAAGCUUAUUGAUGGAUUGGACGUUCAGUCGCGCGACGAAGUGACAGGAAGACUUCAGGAGGGAGCUUAACAACGAUAUCUUGAUGUUUGUAAGAAGUUUGAACCUUGGGGACAGGAAGAUUUUAUACAUCUUGUAAGUUUUGCAAACACCAGAUUGCAAAUGAUCAAUGUCUAUAACUCAUCUUAUAGUCAAAAAUUGCGCCGCCAAACUUCUUUGUUGAUAUUAUCGCCUCUUACAAGUCAAGGUCGAAAUUAAUGCCACCAACUGAAGACACACUUCGCGUCCACACAGAGCUCAGAACCAAAUUAGUUGGUGAGAAGCGAAAGAAUAUCAAGAAGACAUGCAACCUCAAUAUUGUUCCACCCGAAGUCAGGGAGCAGGUCUUCCGUCUUAUUCUCGAGGAUUACUUUGAAGAGUUCCCUGAACGUUCACUGUUGGUCUAUCAAAACUGGAUCAUGGGACCCUGUAAAAAGAUCAAUAUAUCAGGAAAUGCAGGAUUACCUCUCAAAGAUCUUCCUGCCUUUGAAAUCGCUUUGAUCCCUGAUCAGAAGCUCUAUCGAGAGUUCUUUGCUUUAAGGAUUAAGCAAUGUACACUUGAACUUCGUCCUAGCGUUACAUGGAGCCACGUCUAUAGUUUCCCUCCCGAAGUUCAAGUUGCCGAUCCUCCUGAGGAGAUCACGGAGUGGGUGACCGAUAGCUCGAAGAGCAGUUUUGAGUAUAUGGCGUGGGUUUACUUGCAAGAAAAAGAGCUUGGUCUUCAUCCCAACAUCGGCACUAGUAAUCAUGAUCUGCCUCUACGUGGUUGGGUUUACCAUUAUCCUUGUCUCUCUGAAUUAUCUCCAAUAAUGUUGGAUAAUGUUCGCAGUAUUUACAUCAUCUUAAGCAUUGAUUACCUUCAAACACAGUAUAUCGGUGCUGAGCGAUGGAAAAAACGCUCUGCUCCUACGUUCUCCGUUCUCAGCUGCAAUAUGAAACACGCUGCAAACCUCGCCUCCCUCUGUUACAUUCUGGGCCAUAAACGUCGGGGUUCCGAAAACCCAUUCGAUCAAGCCGACACCCUCCCUUCUACCACGGUCCUUCCGAUUAUCCUCCGCUCCCUCAAGAGCUCUCUCGCUGUCGAGCCCAAGCAGAACACUCUAAGCACCAACCCUCAUUCUUUGAUCCCUGCCCCUCUAUCUCAGCUCACAACGUUCAGUAUCAAAACUUUCGAAACCAAAACCCCCCCAAGACGUUGUGGAAUCAGACACUGCGUAGAAAGCCCUGAAAACCUACGUAAAGGCGCGGAAGUUAUAAAUAGAUUACUGGACAUUUCUCCAAAGAUAUCAUAUAUUGAGAUGGUACCUGAAAUGGGCCGGCGAGAAAUCAAUCGGGGAUGGGGAGUUAGUUGUUACCAGUUUGUCUGGGCCGCGGGAGACGGUAGAAAACUGUUGAUUUAUGAUAAGGCAGAGAGUGAGCAGUUGAACGGUUGAGCGAUACUUUAUGGUUUACUGUUGCGGAAGCUUAUUACUUUUCACUUCAAAGUUUCUGUUUGCUUUUCACAUCAACGAAUCGGGUUUCUCCUUAUGAGAAUUGUCAAGCGUGGCGGGGGUUUACACAAACUGAAGAUGUAGGCACAGAAUAGAUACUAUAAAGACCUAAUCACAAUUAUG